CACUGGCGCUCGGGGCGGUUGAGCGUGAGGAGCAGCACGCCGAACUCGUCGAGCGCGACGGUGACGUGGCGCCACCCAUAGCCCUUGUAGUCGAAGGCCGCGGCGUCGAGGGUGCGCACGGCAGGGUGCGGGUUGUGCAGGACAGAGGCGGGCAUGGCUGGUUGGUGGCGGUGAGGGUGGGACAGACGGUGCUCGCCCGCCAAGCUGUCGUGGUUCCCCGCACUCCGGCUCGUGUGCACCGGCAGAACCGGCUGGCGGGCCGGCGCGCGGUGGUUCCCACGCUGCCGCUCCAGAUUUCUGUGCGUGCGCGACUCUCUCGCAGCAGUGGGUGCUGGAUCUUCUCGUGUGGAAGCGACUUCGAGCCCCUUAUCGUCUGCCCACCACCUCCACACACACUGGCCCGCCAUGUCGCGCACUCUCGCACCGUACCAGCAGGACUACAUCCGCCUCUCCGUCUCGCGCAAGAUCCUGCGCUUCGACGGCCCCUUCACGCUCAAGAGCGGCCGCGCCUCGCCUUACUUCUUCAACGCCGGCCUCUUCUGCGACGGCGAGAGCAUCGCCACCAUCGCCCAGUGCUAUGCGCAGAUGAUCGUCGAUGCCGGGGUGGAGGUGGACGUGAUUCUGGGCCCGGCGUACAAGGGCAUUCCGCUCGCCGCGACGGUCGCUCAGGCGCUGUAUGAGAAGCACGGGCGCAGCGUCGGCUUCGUGUACAACCGCAAGGAGGCCAAGACGCACGGCGAGGGCGGCGUGCUCGUCGGUGCGCCGCUCAAGGGCCGCGUGCUCAUCAUCGACGACGUCAUGACGGCCGGCACGGCGAUCCGCGAGUCGGUUGCCUACAUCGACGCCGCGCCCGAGGCCAAGCUGGUGGGCAUCGCCAUGGCGCUCAACCGCCAGGAGCGCGCGGGCGAGGAGCCAGAGAGCACGGCAAAGAAGGUGCAGCGCGAGCUUGGCGUGCCCGUCUGGAGCAUCGUCAACGUCGACGACAUCAUGACACAUCUGGAGAAGGAGGGCGGCUGGGAGGAGCAGCUCAAGGCGAUGCGCGCCUACCGCGAGAAGUACUUUGGCGAGUAAGCCAAUACAUAGAUUGAACGCAGCUCGAGUACAGCGAGCGGGAGAGAUG